CUUCUCAAAAAAGUUAUCAAAGCAGAGUGUGUUUAGGCCUGCGCCUAGAAAUGUUGUGUCAGCAGAGAACGAUUGUGUGCUGUUUUCCUAAAUAAGGACGAAACCAGUUUUUCUUCUAUAACCAGUUUUUAAUCAUAUUCAAAUGCGAAUUGAUGAAGUCUUGUGACAGUGACCCAUUAUCAUGUUUCGUGUCAGCUUCAAUCGUCUUUUGCUUUUGUUAAUGGUGUUCGUAUGCAUCAUGAUCAUGUUGUUGUUUAAUUUUAUCAGUUCUUCAAACUCUUCUAGUAAAUAUAUAUAUGUCGACCGAAAUGUGGAAGCACACAAGUCUGGUAUAAAAAGAUUCACAGAACCUGGCAUCAAACAACAAAAUGUAGAGUUGAGCGAUUUAGAUAGAAUUAAAAAAAUUCAAGGUAUUCUCGGCUUGCCGUCUAACUUCGCAGGAGAAGGACAUCAGCAUCCAGAGGAACAAAUUGUAGUUAUUAGAGAUUUAAUAAAUGAAUAUUUAGGCAAUGAUGUCCCUGCAGAGAAAACAUUAGAGAAUAUUGUAAAGAUGUUAUACUUAAGAGAUUCAGAUAAACUGGUACUGGCUGCGAACAAAUCUGAUAAAGUAAAGCCUGGUAAGAUUGUGACACAGAAAAAUCUAGAUGCAGUAGCAGAUGCAAAGGUGCUUAGUAUCAGUGAGCUGUUGGAGAGGCCACCGCCCAACACACCAAAGAUCCAACAUGUUAAACCCAAUGAUUUGCCAUACAUACGAGAGAAAAAUUAUCAAGCUUCGGAGUGUCCAAAUUCAUUCAGCCACAAGACAGAGAUUUCGCCAUGGUUUCGUGAACGCUACAUUCCCAACGUCAAAAUGUUCCUGUCCAAGGAAGAUGUAAACAUAUUUGAAAGCUACCACAAGCUCUCUCAUUAUCGUCUGCCGUUUGGUUUCAGAGGAGAAAAUAGAACAUUAUUUGGAGAAUUGUUGAACCACCCAAGCUAUAACUCUUCAACUGCUUAUGGAACCCUAACAAAAAAGACAUGUAUUCGCUGUGCUGUGGUGGGAUGCGGUGGGGUGCUGAAGGGAGCUGGCAAGGGCCCAGAAAUUGAUGCCCAUGAUUAUGUUUUCAGAGUAAACAGAGCACUCACAAAGGGUCGUUUUGCAGAUGAUGUUGGAAAAAGAACAAGUUUUUACACAUUCUUUCCAGAGUCUGAAUACACAGCAGAAAUAGAAGAUUCUCAGACUGUUCUGUAUUUUUAUGGAAUGUUUAAGAAAUAUGAUAUAGCUUUUGGCAGUAACAUGGUUAACAAUAUUCAGCCACCCAUAUACAUCUCAUCAAGGAGAAACCCGUGGCAUCCAAAAAGGCCAAAGGUUAAACUUGAACAAUUACGCAUAUUACAUCCGGACUUUAUGCGCUACAUAUUCUCACAUUACCUGGAUGCCAAGUCUGCUAGGCCUACCACUGGUGCCCUGGUUGUGUUCCUUGCAAUACAUUUAUGUGACGAGGUCAACAUAUAUGGCUUUGGCUACGAUAAGCGGUUCACACUUCAUUAUUAUGACACAGAUUUUGUAGAGCACACAGACGCACAGAUGAGUGCCCAUGAUGUGGACAAUGAACGUGUCCUUUGGAGGAAGUUGCAUGAAGAAGGCCUAAUAACUCUUUUCAACAGAACAACCAUUAAUAACUAAUUAAUAUUAUUGAGUGGUGGUACUUGCUUUUUAAUUCCUGGCUGUUGAGUGUCAUUCAUGUCAAUUUUAGGAUUUUGCUGUUGAUUCCAAAUCCUGUACUUUCAUAGUACAGUGCUCAUCCAGAAUCUAGUACGGAUCCAGAAUUUUUCAAAAGUUGGAGUGGGAGUGGGGGGGACGACAACAUUUUCAGAAUAGAAAACGAGUAGCACUUAUUUCAUACAUAACAUUGACAUGCAUUUAAAGUUUUAAAUUUUAGUGGCAAAACAGGCGCACAAAAUUUAGUCUACAGUAAAAAGAAAAAUGAAAUUAUGAAAAUUUCAAUCUUAUCAAAACAACUUUUAGUGUUUGGUAUAUAUAUGACCAAGAACAUUCAUUAUGAGCAAUUAGGCUAGAUUACUAUCAUACAAUGAAUUUUAACUAUUAUACUGUAGAAUAAGUUAUCAAUCAUAAUUUUAUGUUUACCUAAAGGAAUUCAAAUAUACCCAAAGUUUUGGACAUGUCUUUAACUAAACACUUUAAAAAACCUGCUCUGAAUUAUGUCAGUGCAAUUGGGCAUACAAGGAAAUGCGAGUUUAUAACUAUGUUUUUUUUUUUUGUUUUUUUUUUUUUUUUUAUGUUACGUAGGCCAAAUAAAAAAAUAAUUAUUGUGUUGGCCAUGCUCGACCAACCCAAAAUGUACGAAAUUUUUUUUUUUUUUUGACUACAAUGAAAAAUAUUUUUUUUUUAAUGAGCUAAAUAGGCUGGAAUAUACCUAUUUUGCUGGACGGUAGGCGAUGCGACAGUGUUAUGUGAUCGUUUUGCUCUUCAAUAUAGAUUUUAAAAUGGUCUUUGUUGUAUUUUUCUGUUUUCUGCUUUUUAGGCAUAAACACAUUAUUGUACGGCCUGUGUGUAGUCAUGUUUCUCUUAAAUGGGAGAAAAGCAGCAAUUUUGGUGUUUUUGCACCUGAUUUACUGGCAGGUGCUACCAGUGUUUGAAAUAUAAAUAAAGUGCUGGUUUUGCUCAAAAUACUACUUCUAAUACUGACAAAUAAAUCAAUUGUAAAAUAUAGAAACCUGUGAAAAACAAUGGCAAGAUUUCAGUUUAGGGAAGAGAGACAGUAGAAGUACGCAAGAGACAGUAGAAGUACUAAGCAAAAUUAUAUUCAUAAUUAAUUUCAAGAAAUUGUAAAUUGUGGUAAUAAAGGGUAAUUAAUAUUUUUAAUAUUGUAAGCAAAGUUUCUCUAUUUAGCUCUAGAGAAUAUAAAUUUUGUUGAAUUUUAAUUAAGACGUCCUUUAGUUUGUAAUUUAUAAUGUUGGAUGUGGUGAAACUUUCAAUUGUAUAAUUUCUUCCAGUUACAUUAGUAUUAUAUAAACUGAAUACAAGAGUGUCUAUGUUACUAUGUUACUAAAUUAAGUACAUUAUUUGUCACAUAUUUUUAACAAAUACAUUAAAAAGAUCUUCCUGAAGCAAACCUUCGCAAUACCUCUUUUCUUUUAUACAGUAUUACAAUUUUGCUCUCUAUUUUAAAACUUUAAAAAUCCACUAAUAUUGUUUGUAUUUAAUGUGAUCGUAUUGAUUAGUAAAGUGCUAUAUCUAAGAUUGUGCAAUUCGCAUUUAUAAUUUUGAAAAAAGGUUUUCUAAAUGCUUAAUAUAGAUUUGUAAAACAGGUUAAGUUUUGAAACAUGAUUAUUUUGGUGGCAACUUAAAGGGGUGUUUGCAUUAAAAUUUCUAUUAAAAAAGUUUUCAUAAAAUUACUUUAAAGAAUGUUAUUCUAAGGAACAUUUUAACUUCAGCAUUGAUUUCAGAGUACUGCAUGUCAGCCAUUGUCCCUAAGAGGCCUUUGUGGCUUGCUCAGAGAUAUGUCAACAAUAUUAGGUAAUGCCAUUUUACUAUAUUUUGAAUUUUUUUUCUUUGAAAUUGAAAAUUAUUAGAAAAUAAAAUUAUUAUUUAACAAGUUUUAAAA